UCACGUGCCUGUCACAGCCGGGUAUCUACUUGCUUGGUGCUGCAGCUUUUUAACUAGCUAGCUAGCUAGCUACGGUAGCACUGUAUUUUCUAGUAAAAAAUACUCGUAUUCUAAGCCGUCGACAUGCCUUUCUCGGAGCUGUAUUUCAAUGUUGACAACGGGUAUUUAGAGGGAUUGGUAAGGGGCUUCAAGGCUGGAAUUCUAUCCCAGACGGACUAUUUGAAUCUUGUCCAGUGUGAGACACUCGAAGACCUGAAGCUCCACUUGCAGAGCACCGACUAUGGGAGCUUUUUGGCCAACGAGGCUUCUCCUCUCACCGUCUCUGUCAUUGAUGACAAGCUCAAAGAGAAAAUGGUGGUUGAGUUUCGGCACAUGAGGAACCAGUCCUAUGAGCCACUAGCCAGCUUCAUGGACUUCAUCACUUACAGCUACAUGAUCGACAACGUCAUCCUGUUGAUCACAGGCACUCUGCACCAGCGUGCCAUCUCUGAGCUGGUGCCUAAGUGCCACCCCCUGGGCAGCUUUGAGCAGAUGGAGGCUGUCAACAUCGCUCAGACCCCAGCUGAGCUCUACAAUGCCAUCCUGGUGGACACUCCCCUUGCCGCAUUCUUCCAAGAUUGCAUAUCUGAGCAGGAUUUGGAUGAAAUGAACAUUGAGAUCAUCCGUAACACUCUGUACAAGGCCUAUUUGGAGGCUUUCUACAAGUUCUGCUCCAACCUGGGAGGAACCACAGCAGAUACCAUGUGUCCCAUCCUGGAGUUUGAGGCAGACAGGAGAGCUUUCAUCAUCACCAUCAACUCGUUUGGGACCGAGCUGUCCAAGGAGGACCGGGCCAAGCUGUUCCCCCACUGUGGCAAGCUGUACCCUGAGGGUCUAGCCCAGCUAGCCCGUGCAGACGACUAUGAGCAAGUCAAGGCCGUGGCCGACUUCUACCCUGAAUACAAACUGCUGUUUGAAGGUGCUGGCAGCAACCCUGGGGACAAAACACUGGAGGACAGGUUCUUUGAGCACGAGGUGAAGCUGAACAAGCUGGCGUUCCUCAACCAGUUCCACUUCAGCGUGUUCUAUGCAUAUGUCAAGCUGAAGGAACAGGAGUGCAGGAACAUCGUGUGGAUUGCUGAGUGCAUUGCCCAGAGGCACCGCGCCAAGAUCGACAACUACAUCCCCAUAUUCUAACCUUCCUCCUUGACACCUCCCAUUGUCUCUCUCUCUCUCUCAUUCUCACACACACACACACAAACACACACGAUUACUGUCCAUCUCCACUGCCUGAUCUCUCACAUUUUUCUUUCAUUCUUUAUUUACAUCAAAGCUGUAAUACCGCCUACUACAUCCUGACUCGGAAAAAGAAAUCGCUUCUUGGUCUAAAUCAAGAACAUUGGGAGAGAAGGAAAAAGGGAUGGCCUAUCUGCAAUUUAUAUGUAAAGAACAGUGUUCAUUUAUGUGUUUACUGAUGCAUACAGGAUGAUUAAUGGGCUCUAACAAAUUGCCGUUUGGUCUUUUAGUGAAUUGGCUCUAAUUACCACCCAUUCCUCACUCAGAUGUGAAUUUGUAACGUAAACUGCACCCGAUUUUGGAAAAAUCGGAUGCAGUUCUGGACAAAUGACCUCUGAGGGGGUGUAUGUGUACCCUCCUGUUUAGUGUGAUUGACUGUCCGUGUAGAACAAAAAUGGUAGUUAUAGACCAGAUUCUAAUACGUUUGUGUGCUGCUUUCUCCUCUCACAUGACCAAAACCAGUAGCAGGGUUCUGCCUGUGGUAGUUGGAGCCUGGCUGCCAAACCUAGCAGCCACAUGUGAAAGUGACUGGGCUGCUGCUUGAAGGCUUGUCAAAACAACACUCCCCUAAACUCAUUAGGCAGCGCUGUUUAGUCCAUAGAGAUCGUGUCCGACUGCACCACAAGGGCACAUGGAUCACCUUUUACAAUACAUCCUCAACCCAGGAUGCAGAUGACGAGGCCUGAACAUAGCAGGGCAGAAACAUAUAGUCUCUGUACACAUGAAAACAUUCCAUUGUUUAGUAUUGGUAUGUCUUAAUAGUCAAAGGUGAAAAUCAAAAGAAGGAUGUUUUGUGUGUGUUUUUUUGUUAAUGCAUUCAAUGGUAUGGUCAUGAUCUGUUCUGAAAGUCAAGAAGGCUCUUGAUCAGAGUGUGGUCUGUGCAGCUUACCUCAAUGGAAAGUUGAACCACAGAUAUAAAUCCCCUGUUAACUUUUUCUUCAAAAGCGUAAAAACACAAAAAGUAGGAGCAACUGAAUCAUAUUAACACCCACUCCUGGUAUUUGUUCUUUGAAGCUUCAAUGCUUGUUGACUGUACUUUCCUUUGUAAAUGAGUAAACUAUUUGACGUCA